CACCACUAGCCAGUGUCAGCCUCUCGGCGGGAGGAGGCGGCGGCGGCGGCGGAGGAGGAGCAGGGGGAGGGCUGUCAAAUUCUGGAGCCAGAUUUUUUCCCCUUCCCCUGGCAAUCCCUUCCGCUUCCCCGGCUCCUGACUUGACAUCUCCGGACCCGGGACCUGUAUGUGUGUGCGCGCGGAGGAGCGGAAGAAUGGCAGUGCUCAAACUCACCGACCAGCCCCCACUGGUCCAAGCAAUCUUCAGUGGAGAUCCAGAGGAGAUACGGAUGCUCAUCCACAAAACAGAAGAUGUGAAUGCUCUGGAUUCUGAGAAGCGAACCCCCCUUCAUGUGGCUGCGUUUCUGGGAGAUGCAGAGAUCAUUGAACUCCUGAUUUUGUCAGGAGCUCGUGUAAAUGCCAAGGACAACAUGUGGCUGACUCCACUGCACCGGGCUGUUGCCUCCAGAAGUGAAGAAGCAGUACAAGUAUUGAUUAAGCACUCAGCUGAUGUCAAUGCGAGGGACAAGAACUGGCAGACCCCCCUCCAUGUGGCAGCAGCCAAUAAGGCUGUCAAGUGUGCAGAAGUGAUCAUUCCCUUGCUGAGCAGCGUCAAUGUCUCUGACAGAGGGGGACGGACAGCCUUGCACCAUGCGGCUCUGAAUGGCCAUGUGGAGAUGGUCAAUUUACUCUUGGCCAAAGGGGCCAACAUCAAUGCUUUUGACAAGAAGGAUCGGCGUGCUCUGCACUGGGCUGCAUAUAUGGGCCACCUGGACGUUGUCGCAUUGCUCAUUAACCAUGGCGCUGAAGUGACAUGUAAGGAUAAGAAGGGUUACACACCACUGCAUGCUGCGGCCUCCAAUGGGCAGAUCAAUGUUGUCAAACACCUCCUGAAUCUGGGGGUGGAGAUUGAUGAAAUCAACGUCUAUGGAAAUACUGCCCUUCACAUCGCCUGCUACAAUGGCCAGGAUGCUGUAGUUAAUGAGCUGAUUGACUACGGUGCUAACGUGAACCAGCCAAACAACAACGGGUUCACCCCUUUGCAUUUUGCUGCUGCCUCCACUCAUGGUGCUUUGUGUCUUGAACUGCUAGUCAACAAUGGGGCAGAUGUUAACAUUCAGAGUAAAGAUGGCAAAAGUCCAUUGCACAUGACAGCUGUCCAUGGCAGGUUCACACGGUCACAAACUCUCAUUCAGAAUGGAGGUGAAAUUGACUGUGUGGAUAAGGAUGGCAACACCCCUCUCCACGUGGCUGCAAGAUAUGGUCAUGAGCUUUUGAUUAACACCUUAAUAACCAGCGGAGCUGACACAGCCAAGUGUGGAAUCCAUAGCAUGUUCCCCUUACAUUUAGCAGCCCUAAAUGCUCACUCUGACUGCUGCAGAAAGUUGCUAUCAUCAGGCUUUGAAAUAGACACCCCAGAUAAAUUUGGAAGAACGUGCCUUCACGCUGCUGCUGCAGGAGGUAAUGUGGAAUGUAUAAAACUCUUGCAGAGCAGCGGAGCGGAUUUCCAUAGAAAGGACAAGUGUGGGAGGACCCCUUUGCACUAUGCAGCUGCAAAUUGUCAUUUCCACUGUAUUGAGACAUUAGUGACCACAGGGGCCAACGUUAAUGAAACAGAUGACUGGGGACGGACAGCUUUGCACUAUGCUGCCGCAUCAGACAUGGAUAGAAAUAAGACCAUCUUAGGAAACACCCAUGAAAAUUCAGAAGAACUUGAAAGAGCCAGAGAGCUAAAGGAAAAGGAAGCUGCACUAUGUCUAGAGUUUCUGCUGCAGAAUGAUGCUAACCCAUCUAUCCGGGACAAGGAAGGUUACAACAGCAUACAUUAUGCUGCUGCCUAUGGCCACAGACAGUGUCUGGAGUUGCUUUUGGAAAGAACCAACAAUGGUUUUGAAGAGUCAGAUUCUGGUGCUACCAAGAGUCCACUUCACUUAGCUGCCUAUAAUGGGCACCAUCAAGCCUUGGAAGUCCUUCUGCAGUCACUGGUAGACCUGGACAUCAGGGACGAGAAAGGCCGCACUGCUCUGGACCUGGCUGCCUUUAAGGGACACACGGAAUGUGUGGAAGCACUUAUCAAUCAGGGUGCAUCCAUCUUAGUGAAAGACAAUGUAACCAAAAGAACCCCCCUUCAUGCCUCAGUAAUUAAUGGUCACACACUGUGUCUACGGCUGUUACUAGAAAUUGCUGACAACCCAGAAGUGGUUGAUGUGAAAGAUGCCAAAGGACAAACCCCACUGAUGCUUGCAGUAGCAUAUGGCCACAUCGAUGCUGUUUCAUUGCUACUUGAGAAGGAAGCAAAGGUAGAUGCUGUUGACAUCAUGGGAUGCACAGCUUUACACAGAGGGAUUAUGACGGGACAUGAGGAAUGUGUACAAAUGCUGCUGGAACAAGAAGUGUCAAUUCUCUGUAAAGAUUCCAGAGGGCGGACGCCUCUGCACUACGCAGCUGCUCGUGGCCACGCCACGUGGCUGAGUGAGCUGCUCCAGAUGGCACUUUCUGAAGAGGACUGUUCUUUCAAAGAUAAUCAAGGCUACACGCCACUGCACUGGGCCUGUUACAAUGGUAAUGAAAACUGUCUAGAGGUACUUUUGGAGCAGAAAUGUUUUCGCAAGUUUAUCGGUAAUCCCUUUACUCCACUGCAUUGUGCAAUAAUAAAUGACCAUGAGAGUUGUGCAUCACUGCUACUUGGGGCCAUAGAUUCCAGUAUUGUCAGUUGUAGAGAUGACAAAGGAAGAACACCCCUUCAUGCGGCAGCCUUUGCUGAUCACGUGGAGUGCUUGCAGCUUCUUUUGAGACACAAUGCUCAAGUGAACGCAGUAGACAAUUCAGGGAAAACAGCACUGAUGAUGGCUGCUGAGAACGGGCAGGCAGGCGCUGUGGAUAUUUUGGUGAACAGUGCCCAGGCUGACCUGACUGUACAGGAUAAGGACUUGAAUACACCCUUACAUUUGGCUAGUAGUAAAGGUCAUGAAAAAUGUGCCUUGUUAAUACUUGACAAGAUCCAAGACGAGAGCCUUAUUAAUGCAAAGAAUAAUGCACUGCAGACACCUCUCCACGUUGCUGCACGCAAUGGCUUGAAGAUGGUAGUUGAGGAGUUGCUAGCCAAAGGGGCCUGUGUACUUGCUGUAGAUGAAAAUGCUUCUAGGUCAAAUGGACCCCGUUCCGCCCUUGGAACAGCUGUACAAAAAGAAGAAUGAGACUCUUUAAAAAUCAUGCACACACAUGCACACAUAUGUGUGUGUGUGUGUGUGUAUAUAUAUAUAUAUAUAUAUAUAUAUAUAUAUAUAUGUAUUUCAUCAACCAGCUAUACAUGAGGACCAAAAUGCUUCAGUUGAAAAUGGAAGAUUUAAAACUUUUUUCUUCAAAAUGGAAGUGAGAAAUGAAGUAACUUUUCUAUGGAGCUAAAAUGUAAUCUUUUUGUGUAACAGUCUUUGUUGUAUUUUAUAUUUCUUAUGACACAGAUUUCUAGUUGAUGGUUGAACAUUUGUAACUGAUGAUGUGUUGACUACGGUUUAUUUUUUUUGCCAAACUAGAAAAAUGCUCAUAUACUUUUGAUGUAAAUGUGUUUAUAUUUAUUUGAAAUGAAACAAAUGCCGAGGAAACGUAUCCACUGUUUGUUCUCUGUUUUAAUUGCUAUGUGUUUUAUUUGGAAUAACAACAACAACAACAAAAAAGCGGAAAAACACACACAACCCUGGGCUAGCUGGAAGUCCUGUGUAAGCCCGGCAUGUCCACUGCUAAGGUUUCCAGCUGAUCCUGACCACUGACUCGCCAGCUGGGAAGGGAUAUAAGAUCAAGAUCUGCAUCCCGCCGCUCACCCCCAGCCUGCAGCUAGCUUAGAGCAGACAAGGCCUCGCAGUCUGUGUGCUCUUCGCCAGGAUGAAAGCUGAAGUGUAUGGAGGAACAUAUGUGCAAUGGUGGCCCAAAGAAACAUACAGAAAUUUUCCUGAAUACAUGGAAAAAAUUUCACAUGGUCCCAAUAUCCUAAUGGGAAACAGUGUCAGUGGGCUGGCAUGUGUGCCGAGAGGAGAAAUAAAAAUCACCAGCUCAAGUGCUCUCUUCCACUUGAGGAAGAAGCAGGAAAGAAACAUGUUGUAUUAGGGCAGUAUGCCCCAUAUUUUAUAACCAGCUCCAUUUUGACCCUGGAAAUUUCUAUUUUAUAGUGUACAUGAGAUAUUUUCUAAAACAGUGUUCUAGAAUAUCUGGAUCAAAUACAGAUGCUGUGUUAUAUUUUCAUCUAACUGUAAAAGACUUUAAUCUUUUUUAAUAUCCUGAAUUAAAAAAAAAAAAAAAAAACUUGUUCAAAGGACUUACAGAAUUGGUAUCAAUUUCACUGAAAAUUUUCAAAACAACCAACAUUGUGUUUUGAAUUCUUGGUGUGUUCACCUCCUUUCUCUUGUCCUUUUUGUUUUAGAGAUUUUUUUUUUUUUUUUCAAAGAUAAAUUGCUUGUGAGCAAUAAUGACUUUGCCUUUACCAACACACUGAAAAUGAGGAAGCUCCAAUGUUGAAGAAGCAUGAUAUACUGUGGUGUCUUUUUCUAGAAGUGAAUGGAAAUCUUGCUUAUUUGGUGUUUAAGGCAGGAAAUGAGAUGCCUACUUUAAUGGUGAAGCAGCAUCCACGUUUUUCUGUAGUGUAGCAGAGUAAGGAACAUUGCAGCAACAGAUCAUGUGGUAUUAUUUCCACCAAGCUGCAUUUUGACUUUUCCCCACUUACUGAUAGGAGGACAAAGGAACAAAAUGAAACCAUAUAUCCAAUGAACUGUUUGUUCAUUGAAUCUCUCUCUGUCUUGUCUUCUCUCUUUCCCCAAAGACCAAGGUUUUUUUUCUUUUCCUUGAGUAAAUGAAUUAACUAUAAUUUCUGUGUUCUUCAAGUAUGUCUUAAAAAUAAAAUUAUGUUUGCAUAUAGCUUUCUAAGGUUAAAAAAAAAACUGAAAACAUUGUAUUCGUGAGGCUUAGUUGUUUAAUGCUUUUACUUAAGCAUUGUUUUUAGCCUGUAUUUUAACUACAACCAUGGGAUUCACGUUUCAUUGCACUUACCUGUUCACCAAUGUCUUUGGUAAGUACAUUCUAAUCUCCAAAUUGCCUAAAAUCUGCUAUGAUUCUAUAGUAAAUAGCUCAGGGGAUUUCUAUCUGUCACUACUAAAAGGGCACCGUAGUAUGUUUUGGUACUUUAGGCAGUAAACAGCUGCUUGAUUUAUUCUUUUAUUGUUAUAUUAGAACAUAUAUGGAUUUGCUGCACUAGUUUUUCUUUGUACUGUUGAGCAACUUGGUUUGCUUCUCUGUUGCAUUGGUUGAAGAACUCACCCCACUUUUGUCUUGUAAUAUGAAGUUAGAGUGCCUUUUUUAUAUUUGUAUAUUCUGAAAAUGUUCUGUGAAAUGUUUUGUACUUUUUUCAUUGAGUGUUAUGAGAGCAAUAUAAUACUUAUGAGUUUUCAUUUCAGAUUUUCUUUGAAUGUAUAAAAUGUCUUUUUUCCUCUUUCCCCCUUUGACUUGCUUUGAAUUGGAAAUGGAUGUGCUAACAUUGCUAACGUUUUCUAUAGGAAAUAUGUUUGAUUUUGCAGUGCUGAAAUGCUUUCUUCUUACAAAACUGUAAACCAUAGAUCAGUGUUAUAGGGGAAAAGCGUUUUGAGAUAGUGACAAUCUGAGUGUACGUAUAAAACGUAAUUCUAUGUGUUUCUUAUGCAGUGAUCUAAAAUUUCAAUGCAAAUAUCUUUUGUUUGGUAGUUUUGUCUACAUAUGUUAUGCUUUAGCAUGUGCAAUAUAUCUUUGCAAAGCACGAUGAUACAAAUCUGGUGCCAGUGUUAUAUUUUGCAUAACAUAUUUGUAACAGCAUAAAAUAUUGUUUGAUGAUUUCAGUGGGAUUUUGUCUGUAAUGUUUUCUUAUGUAAAUUGAAGUUGAAUGAUGCUGGUAAAUGUCAUGACUGUAAAAUGAGGAAAAUGACUUUUAGUUUAGUGAAUGACUUUGAACCAAUCUGAAUCUUCUCAAGCACAGUUUAAUACUUUUGCAACUACUGAAUGCUCUAAUAACGUAAUGAAGUACUUAACUGUAAUAUACUAUGGAAAUGCAUUCAGAUGGUUAUUUUUACAAAUAAAAACGGUACAAAUAUUGUUGUAA